AUGUUGCGCUCAACCCUCCUUCUCGCCCUUGCGGGCCUGACAGUCGCAACAGACAGCGUCUACUUCAGUGCCAACAAAGCAGACAAAAAAGGUCUCCCCCUUCUUUCCGGCUUCACUCCCCGUCCCCAAUUUCUCAGCAUGGCGGCGGCGGGUUGUGAGGGAGGCACGAAAGCAUGCGGCAACACUUGCAUCGAAUCCAGUGGCGAGUGUUGUAGCACUGUAUCUGGAACGUACUGCGAAGAUGGCUACCGUUGCCAAUCUACCGGUUGCUGCGAGGACGGGAAGCUUUGCUCUGGUCCACCUUCGGGCUGCACAGACGGCAAGGAGAUGUGUGGCUCGUUUUGUAUCCCUGAGGGCAAGGUCUGCUGUCUCACAGGCUACUGUGAUCAAGGCGAGAAGUGUACUUCAGACGGCAAGUGUUCUGCCGGAGGCUCAUCCGGAGGGAGCGGUGGUUCUUCUGGUGGUUCCUCCGGUGGUUCCUCCGGUGGUUCCUCAGGGGGCUCUAGUUCCUGCUUGAGCUUCGAAGAGACCUGUGGUGAUGGCUGUAUGCCCAAGGGUAUGGUCUGCUGUGACUCCGGGUACUGCCUCAGCGGUCAGACAUGCACAUCUGAUGGAAAAUGUCGAUAUGGCUCUGGUAGUGGCUCUGGUGGUUCAUCCAGCGGCAGCUGUGCCAGCUACCAAGAAACCUGCGGCGACGGUUGCAUGCCCAAGGGAAUGGUCUGCUGCGACAAGGGAUACUGCCUGUCGGGACAGAUCUGUUCCAGCGACGGUACUUGCAGAUACAGCAGUUCAAGCGGAGGUGGAAGCAGCGGCGGUUCAAGCGACGACGACGAUGAUGACGACAAGCUCACCUUUACCCGAGAAUCUGCAACACGAACUCUCGACACUCCCUCUUUCACUGCUCCUUCGAUCGAACCCGCCCCUACCAUCGGCGACGAUGAUACUUUCCCUACAUUCAGCUCUCAGCCCAUACCCACUGGCCCAAGGGCUGGUGGUGGUGAUGGAGAUAGCAGUGGAAGCAGCACUGGUGGAGGUGAAAGCAACGGUGGCUCGGUUGUUCUGCCUAGCUUGUUUAUGGGUGUUAUUGCUUUGAUUCCUCUCCUUCUUUGA